CCAGACGUCAAGCUCCGCACAGCAUCACGCAAAUCGAAGAACUCGUCCCGCAAGAUCCCCGCCCCAGAGACGGUACUGCAUGCACGAGAGAAUCACAACAUGGUCGAGAAGCAAUAUCGAAAUCGGCUCAAGAUGCAAUUUGAGAAACUACUUUCUGUAUUGCCAAUGCGGUCGUCAAUCGACGAUUAUGACGACGUCGACGCAAUUGUCAGCAAGGGCGAAGUCCUGGAUGCUGCGCUACGGCGCAUUUUAUGGUUGGAGGAGGAGAACCAGCAGCUGGCCGUGGCGCGUGACCAGCUAAUGAAGGACAUG